CGGAACGUCACUAAUGACACGUAUUCAAAAUGGCGGCCGAGGCUAUGGAGACGUGGUGGGCCUUGCUGCUGCUGGUGGCGCUGCUCCCUGUGGGCCGGUCCUUCUAUGUCCCCGGCGUCGCUCCUCAGGACUUCCAUGAGGGCGCUCAAGUAGAAAUUAAGGCGGUGAAGCUGACCAGCUCCCGUACACAGCUUCCAUAUGAAUACUAUUCCCUGCCUUUCUGUAAGCCUGGCUCCGUCUUAUACAAGGCGGAAAACUUGGGGGAGGUUUUACGUGGAGAUCGUAUUGUGAAUACGCUCUACAAUGUAAAGAUGAACGAGGAUAAGAAAUGUGAGCUGAUGUGCAGCAAGAAGAAGCUCAACGUGGAGGAGAGUAAACUGGUGGCUGAACGAAUCCAGGAGGAGUACUACGUCCACCUGAUUGCAGACAACCUUCCAGUUGCCACAAGGUUGGAGUUUUACCCCAACAGAGAAACGGGAGGAGAUGAGGAGCAGAAGAAGGUUGCAGAUAAAGAUGUUCAGUUUGAACAUGGCUACAGACUUGGCUUCGUCGACAACAACAAGUUUUUUCUGCACAACCACCUGUCCUUCAUCCUGUACUUUCACAGGGAGAAAGUAGAAGAGGGAGAGACUCACAACUACAGAGUGGUGCGUUUUGAGGUUGAACCUCAAAGUGUCAGAGUGGAAGAUCUGAAGGCUGUUGAAACAGAAAAAACCUGCACUCUGCCUGAAGCCAGUGGUUCUGUCCUCCAGGAGAUUGACCCAACCAAAGACAACGAGAUUCUUUUCACAUAUUCUGUCACAUGGAAGGAGAGUGAGGUGAAGUGGGCGUCUCGCUGGGACACAUACCUGACCAUGAGCGACGUCCAGAUUCACUGGUUCUCCAUCGUCAACUCUGUGGUGGUCGUCUUCUUCCUCUCUGGUACGGCUGUAAGGCUUCAUGAUCUUUGUUCACUACUAAAACAAACCUCUGAGGUCAGAAAUGGGACAACAGAUUAGAGUAAAUGACUAGCAGAUGAACUCUUUAUAAAGUGAUUUAUGCCCAGAUUUUUGUCUGUAAA